AUGGCUGUCAGCUCCGGGAAAAGCUUUUACGAGCACACCGGAAGCGCCACGGUCACCGAUGUAGAGGCCGAACACUGUGAACAGGCCAUCGAGGUCACUUCGAUUAAUACAAAUGGUCUCCAUCGCCGCCUGAAUAAUCGCCAUAUUCAGCUCAUCGCUAUUGGAGGAACCAUAGGCACCGGCCUCUUCAUCAGCAUUGGCGGAGGCCUAGCUAAAGGCGGGCCAGGGAGUCUCCUUCUCUGCUACUGUCUCUACUGCUGUCUUGUAUCUCUUAUCAAUAACUUAGCCGCUGAGAUGGUCACUCACAUGCCCAUCGCUGGAGGCUUUAUCCGGCUCGCUGGCGUUUGGGUCGGCGAGGCUCUCGGCUUUAUGAUUGGACGGAACUUCUUCUUCUACGAGGCUCUCUUGAUCCCGUUCGAGAUCGUGGCUCUGAACGUCAUAGUCUCGUUCUGGGUACCAAAUAUCGUUGAAGCUGGUCCAACUGCUGGGUUCUGCUUAGGUGUGAUCGUCUUAUACGGUCUGCUCAACGCAGUGGCCGUGGGCAUCUUCGGAGAGGCUGAGUUCUGGCUCUCAGGGGGCAAGGUUAUCCUCAUUUUCAUUCUGUUUUCCUUCACCUUCAUCACAAUGGUCGGAGGCAACCCCCAAGGCAACGCUUACGGCUUCCACUACUGGAGCUUCCUGGGAGCCCUCGUUACUGCAGUCUUCAUCAUCGUAGGGCCCGACUAUAUCUCGAUGAUCCCAGCAGAGGCCAAACACCCCAGCAUUUACCUCAAGAUCGCCUUCAAGACUAUUUACCUUCGCUUUGGCAUCUUCUUCAUUGGCAGCGCGCUUGCUGUGGGAAUUGUCCUCCCUUACAACGAUCCGGAGUUGCGACGCAUCCAUAUCGCCGGCGAAGGUUCAGCAAUAGCCGCCGCCUCCCCAUACGUCACCGCUAUGACCAACAUGAGCAUCGGCGUCUUGCCUCAUGUUGUGAAUGCUUUACUAUUCACCAGCAUCUUUUCUGCAGGAAAUACUUAUACGUACUGCGCUGUACGAUGCCUUUAUAGUCUUGCCGUUCAGGGGCAGGCGCCUACCUUUCUCAAGAAAUGCACUAAGAAGGGUAUUCCCAUAUACUGCUUUAUGAUCACCAUGCUGUUCCCUUUUCUAUCGUUUCACUCAGUCAGUAGCGGCUCCGCUAGGGCUUUGAGUAUUCUUCUUUCGCUAUCGCUGGUGGCGCGAUCAUGA